AUGGACGACGCCCUCCGCCCUAGCAAGGAAGCCUUUGACUACACACUCCGCGCGAGCUAUCAGCUAUGGUCAACCCAUUUCAACACCAGUGACAGCCGCCUUCCGCUGGAGUGUGUCUCAGAAGCCGGGAAGGUGGAACUCUCUAAGGAAGCCCCUCUAUCCGAAUGGCCCGGUGUGCAUGGUAUCUCUGGCUAUGACGAGGGUAACCACAUCGCCGUCUUAUUCUUGGCCUGGGCAUACAUUCUAUCGGCGAAAUGGGCAGAGUUACUCGAUCGCUCCGAUACGCACCAGUGUUUAGCAAAGUACUCUGACACUUGUCAAGAACCCGAAGAGGCAGUUCAACCGGAGGUGAUAGAGGUUGAUUUGCCUCCAGAUGCAAGCGAAGCCGAGAUCGUCUGGUGGAACGCUGUACUCUCUGGAACACCGGCUUGGGAAAUAUCCGUGGAAUACGAGUCUGAGAAAUUCAUCUCGCCAUGGUCCGUUUCAUUAGCCGGAGCCAUAUCAAUGCGAGCGAAACAAGGAACGCACCAGUCGACAACGUACAACCCUCCAUCAUCAACAACAGCCUUCAAAUACCUCACCCGCUUCUGCAGCCACCACCGCAUCUACGCGCAAUGCACGGCAGCGCUGUCAGCAUCAUUUUUCACGCGCAACGGACGUCUCCACAAGUCACCGACUCUCCCAAUCCCAAGACCCGCUAAGAACCCGAAGGACCUGCAGUCCACCCCGACAAGCCCCAAAUCCAUCUCAGCUCUGAUCUCCGAACACGAAAACCUCCUCCCGUACUACAUGACCCUAAUGAGCAAUAUGUGGCUCACGACGUUACCAGCAAUUAAAAGCAUAUUCUUCAACCCAGACAUACCGUGCAAUCUAGUCAGCGCAUGGACGAACGCCGCCUUCGCAAUAAUAAGCCCAAUCGUGAAACAAGACGACAUCCCACGUCUUCUCAACGGCCUCUCAGCACGACAACCACGUGUGGCCAGUCUAUGGCUCGGCGCGGCGGUCAUGGGCACGAGUAGCAUAUACUUGAAAGAAUGCGAGCAGGGGAUGAUGACGUCUUCACUUCAAGCCGAGGCAUGGAUGGGGACGACGACUACGUUCUUGACACAACCACCGGGCCUCUACGCAAACGAUGCAGACUCUGUUCAGCGCGAGGAUGAGUGUAAGCUGCUUUUCCUUGCGACGCCUACUGACGGGAGCUAUAACCAUGGGUAUAUUACCACCUGGCCGUGGAAGCCGUUCGGCAGUACCAAGACCAGUGAUGCGGAUAUUCUGCUUCGAGAGCAUUUGGGCUGUGGAUGCCAUGCUUUGGAAUACGAGGGUUGGGAUUGGGAGCUUCGGGAUGGGUCGAGGGUUGAGGAUACGGGGGUAGAGGCGCGAUUUGCCUCGUUGCUUUCGCCCACUACGUCUACGUCUACGUCUACUUCUGCGGCUACUUCUAUGUGUGUCUCCUGUCCGAGACUAGGGCUCAGUUUCGCGGAUCUUCCCGCUCUGCCUAAGGAUUGUGAGUAUGAUCUGUAUUCAGAGCAGAAAUCGGAUAAUCCUACACGGGGCAUAUUUUGCUGGCUUCGGUUGCAUGGGUUUCCGGCGAAUGAAAAGCGAAUAUAUCAACAUUCGUGGGUUGUGAUCGCGAUGGACUCGGACGAAGAAGUUGAUGAAGAUGAGUCUGAUGAUUCUACGGCUGGUGUUCGAACUGAAAGAGUUCGGGAUUGGCUCGAUGGUGUCAGCGAUGUCGAAAGAGUAGUUGAGGUCGAAACUGAAGACUAUUGUGAUACCGGGUAG